UUGAGACUACCGAAGAGCGUGCUGCACGAUUUCCCAUGCCAAUGGCGGAGAGAAGGUAAUUACCAGAGGGUCCAUUACCAUAUAGAAGCCAGCCAUAUUUUCGAUCGAGAAGCUCCAAGAGUUCGCCAAAGGCAUUCAGAGAUUUCGACCCUCACUGUUUUCUACUAUCCAGAUUGAUAUCAACAUGGAGACAUUCAACGAGGAACAUGUUCAAGCAAUACUGCACGAACAUCGUCUGUCAAUACGGGGUGCUAACAACUUCUUUCGAGACGUCUGGGGCCCGCGUGAAAAGUCCAUGGGAAACCCAUGGUCACCGAGCAAUCCCAACGGAACUGUCAUUCUUCGCUUGGCUGAGAAUAGUCUUCUACAUGAGGAGGUUUCCGAGUUUAUCAUCUCACAGAUGAACGUUCAGCCUCUGGAGCAUCUCACGUACAGCACUGGUCCACGUGGAUCGCGGCGGCUUCGUCGUGCUGCUGCUUCGUUUUUGACCGAGGCGUUUCAUUCUCGGGAAGUGAUAACGGCGGACAACAUUAUUGUCACCCCCGGCUUGGCCAGUGCCAUCGAUGCGCUAUCCUGGGCGAUUUGCAAUGACGGGGAUGGAAUACUGAUUCCACAGCCGUUAUACAACGGCUUCAAUGUUGACAUUCUUAAUCGGAGCAAUGCGCAAGUAGUCGGUGUCACUUACGAAGGAAUAGACGGGUUUUCGGGUCUCGAUGAUCUCUUUCAUCCCGACAUAACCAGGAUAGCUCUUGAAGCUGCUUUGCGUAGAGCAAAGACCGAAGGCAUCGCAGUCCGCGCUCUUAUGCCUCCCGAAACGCUGCGGGUAUUUGCUUCUUUCUGUGGUGUAAAUGGCCUACAUUUCAUCUCAGAUGAGAUCUACGCAAAUUCAGUCUUCUCGAAUCCCGCAAUUCCAAGUCCAGUCCCAUUUACCUCAGUUCUCGCACUGGACCUUCGAGGUGUUAUCGAUCCAGUCCUCAUGCAUGUGCUUUACGGUGCAAGCAAAGACUUCUGUGCCAAUGGGUUGCGCAUCGGUUUUGCCUGCACAAAGAAUGAGGGCAUCAUGGGCGCAAUGUCCAGCAUUGGUAUUUUCUCUUGGUCACCGCAUGUUCUUCAAGAUGUUUGGGCUGCUAUGUUGGAAGAAACGCAUUGGUUGGCAGACUUUAUGCUCCAAAAGACAAAUCUCAUGGCAGAUCACUAUAGCAUCACAACGUCGUUCCUAUCAGAUAACGGCAUUCCCUUUUAUGAGACGAACGCGGGGUUAUUCAUCUGGGUAGACCUACGCCAUUUACUUGUAUCCACCUCAUCUCGGCAGCAGUCUGAUUAUAGUGCGUUGAGAGCGACAUCUCCUGAUGCUCAUAUAUAUAAGCAGCGUGAGCUGAGAAUGGCAGAUAUCUGCAUGGAGAACGGUGUUAUGAUCGCUCCUGGUCAUGUAUAUUCACCAGAGGAGUUUGGUUGGUUCAGAAUCACAUUCACUGUGAGGAAGGAUGCACUGGAAGAAGGAUUAAAGCGACUUUUGUUGUCUAUAGAGGAUAUACGCGUUGAGAGUGAGUGGAAAUGA